AUGUGUAUAGUGCCAACAACCUCAUUCAGCGAAUUUAAAAGUAUUGGAGAGGAAGAAGUAACGUCCAACAAUGUAUUAAGGAUGAAAAGCUCUUCUUUAAAGUGCGAGCACUCCUUAAUACGCAAUCAGAGCUUACCAACAAUAAGCAUUCGACCAAUCAAGCCACGACAAGUCCUCAACAACAUGUUCCACCUCUUUAUUGAGAUGAUUGUUUACUUGAUGAAUGCAAUGUACAUGGCCACAGUAUUUGAUGUUGAUGAAUUGUUCCUCCCGAUACAAAAGCAAAUAGAAAGCAAUCACUUUACCUCAUCGUCAUUAUCAAUGGAUAAGAAACAUGCUAAGGAAAAUUCUGAAAUACCAACAACGAGAGAACUUCCCUUUGAAAGAUUAACACAAUCAGUUUCUUCUCUCCUUUCUCCGCCACGAUCUCCAGUCAAUAAGCAACAUGAUGCAAAAUUAUCUCCCAAUAAGAGAAAUUCUUCCUUCACCGACUUGUUUGCUCAAUCUUCUCCUAGUCCAUAUUCCAAUUUGAUUGUCCUGAAUGCACACUAUGAGCAAAUGAUUAUGGACAUUAAGCAGACAAGCAAUGUUCCCACCAAUAACAUGCCAACAACAAUUUCCACACCAAUGAAUUAUGUACAUAAUAAUGGGAAAGAAACAACAAGGAAAGAAAAGAUUAAACAAACACCACUCACAACAUGUGAUUUCUUGAUUCCAACCAUUCAAAUUGAUUGUCCACCUGUUGAAGAACAGGAAAUUUCGAAUGUUACUCCACCAGAAACCAUUUCUCUAUUUGAAUCUCCACAAGAACUCAACCAAGCAAGAAGGAGGUCCAAUUCGUUUUUUCCAGUUCAACCACCAGAGAAAACAUUAACUCUAAAUGGAACUAAUGUAGAUCAGCAUGAAAAUCCCAUUUUCAUUGUAAUUCCACCUGUUGAAGCUAGUAGUAAUAACAAUUCGAAUGAUUGCUUUGUUUCGAAUAAUGUGAAUAGUGCAUUAUCAACAUUCACAAAACCAACCAUUACGAGAAAGAAAAAUUCCUUUACAAACUUGCUAAAACCAAACUUUCCUCAACCAACAAUCUGUAAAUUAGCUACACUGCACAACUAA